CAUCACGUCACAUAAAGAGGCACGAGAGUUUGUUGAAUCUCAAAUCCUGCGUUGCAAAAAGUCCCGUGUAAACUUGUAGAAACCAAACAUUUUCUAACAUCCAAACACUUAAUCUCAAAUUCGCUGCUCUCGUCUAAGAAUCUGGUAAAGUUGUCGUCUUUAAUCUCGGAGGAAUUUGGGGGUAGAGUUUUGCUGCUGAGGAAUUUGAAGUAACGCCACCUUCGAUUGCUGUCAUUUGGUCUCUAUUCCGAUCGAAAAGAACUUUGCGGGAGGGAGCAGGAAAAGUUUUGAAAAGGGUGUUGUAUAGCGUUAUGAAUGCAGUGGCAAGCAGAGCGGUGGGAGGGGGAGCGAGCCCUCGGACAAUACUGAUAACUGGGGUGGGCAGAGGGCUGGGAAGAGCCCUAGCCUUGGAGCUGGCCAAGCAAGGCCACACGGUGGUUGGUUGCUCUCGAACCCAGGAUAAGCUCGACUCCCUAAAAUUGGAGCUUGCAGCCGCCACCCCUGCUUCUCCAUCUUCUACAGAACCCAAUUCUUUGUCCUCCAACAAACACUUGUUGAUCAAUGCUGACAUCACAUCGAACAACAGCAUUGAAGAGCUGGCGCAUGUGGUGAUGGAAAAGAAUGGCAUUCCAGAUAUCGUAGUAAACAAUGCAGGCGCAAUCAACAAAAACAACAGGAUUUGGGAGGUGACUGAGGAAGAGUUCGAUACUGUUAUUAGCACAAACGUGAAGGGGAUAGCAAAUGUGCUGCGUCAUUUCAUCCCACUGAUGCUUCCAAAGAAGCAAGGGAUCAUAGUCAACAUGUCAUCUGGAUGGGGAAGGUCAGGAGCUGCACUGGUUGCGCCUUACUGUGCAUCGAAAUGGGCUGUUGAAGGUUUAACUAGAUCUGUUGCAAAAGAGUUGCCUGAAGGAAUGGCAAUUGUUGCACUCAAUCCCGGUGUCAUAAACACCGACAUGCUUGUUUCGUGCUUCGGAAACUCAGCUGAAUUGUACCAAACACCUGAAUCAUGGGCAUCGAAGGCUGCUACAAUGAUAUUGAACCUCACAGUAGCAGACAAUGGUGCAUCUCUCACUGUUUGAUGAAGUAGUAUCACCUUAGAGUUUGGCAUGCACAUAUCAUAUUACCUUAAUCAUAAUGUAUCAUUUUUUGUUUUUCAAAAUUUAUUCAUACUUCGUUACUUGAUGUGUUUUAAGAUUUGUUUGACAUUAGUAUUGUUCUUGGCUGUGAAAUCGUGGCCUCUUUGAUAUAUUUGAGAGUUAAGUAGGUCUACGAGUAGCAGAACGUUGGGCCAAACGAUUGAGCAAAUUGGUAUAAGAAAGGUCUUUUAAAGAAGAGAAGACAAGUUCUCCGAUGAACCAAUAUGUGUAUCUGAUUUUGAUUGCUUUUCUUUUUUUUUUUCUUUUUUUUUUUUAUGGGAUUUUGAUUGAACUUUUGGUCACCGUUUAUCUGCUCAUCUUUAUGUGGAUGCUUAAAAUUUGGCAACUUUCUUAUGCUUUGCUUGUGAAAAUAUUGAAUCUUAUGAGGAGAAAGUAUUGAGAUGUGGAUUUGGUAGUUGUAUUUUAUUGAGAAGUUGAACCCGUUUUAAGAUGAAAGAGUUAAACAGGUACAUUUUUUUUUUCUCAUUCUUAUAGCCUUCAUUUUGAGGUU